AGGAUACCGCUCGGUAGGCCAAGAAACGCCUGGCAGCGCAGGGAAGCAGGACGAGCAAACCGCCGGUCUGGGGGCUUCGCGGGGGGCGGCCAGCCGGGCAGGGGGAGCGCCUUUAAGCAGGGGGGGACGGGCAGGGGCUGCGGGCCCCGUUGGGGGGGUAAAGUAGUCCCCAGCCUCCCCCUGUGCCACUGGAAGGGGUUCGGCUGCGGAGGCGGACGGCGCGCUCGUCGGUGCUGCGGCUUCAGCUGAUAAUUGAAGGGAAGGGAAGCUGCUGCUGGGGUGGCACGGAGCGUCUGCGGAGGCCGCAUCGGGACAAACUAGUGAAUGGUAGUGUCUAGAAAGGGUAUGUCCCUUCAGGAGAGAGGUGCCAAUGUCCAACCGGCCUAAUAACAAUCCAGGGGGGUCACUGCGACGUUCACAGAGGAACACUGCCGGGGCCCAACCACAAGACGACACAGUAGGAGGAAGGUCACAUUUAGGGCAGGCAAAACAUAAGGCACAUAGCCCUCCUGAGAGUAAAAAAUCUAUUUCAAAGACACCCAAAGUGCAGUCUAAUACUACUUCUGAGCAGUCCACGGGACACUUUUCUAAAAGAGGCUGUAGUUCAUCUGCAGUUAUAAUACCACAAGAAGACCCAGACAAAGUCAGUACUUCAGAAAGGCAAAAAACGGGGCAGGUGCCUAAGAGAGACAAUUCUCGAGGAGUGAAACGCAGUGCUAGCCCAGAUUAUAACAGGACCAAUUCCCCUAGUUCUGCUAAAAAACCCAGAGCACUUCAAUAUACUGAAACUUUCUCGGAAACAAACAAGCCACAUACUAAAUCUAAGAAAAGACCCUUAGACCAAGAACAGCAGUCGAAAUCUGCACAAUUGCCAUCAACGAGCAAGGCUCAUACCAGAAAGGGUGGAGCUACCGGUAGCUCCCGAAGUCAGAAAAGGAAAAGGACAGAGAGUUCAUCUUGUAUAAAGAGUGGUACAGCAGUUGAAUCAACUGGCGUUGAAGAGAGGUCUGCAAAACCCAGCAAACUGGCUUCAAAAUCAGCGACCUCAGCCAAAGCUGGGUGUAGCAACAUCACUGAUUCAUCGUCUUCAGCUUCUACAUCCUCCUCCUCUUCUGCUGUUGCCUCUGUUUCUUCCACUGUUCCUCAGGGUGCCAGAGUAAAACAAGGAAAAGACCAGAGCAAGGCAAGGCGUUCCCGUUCUGCAUCUAGUCCCAGUCCCAGAAGGAGUAGCCGAGAUAAAGAACCAAGUAAAACAGGUGGCUCUUCAAAGUUUGACUGGGCCGCUCGCUUCAGCCCAAAAGUUAGCCUGCCUAAAACAAAACUGUCUCUACCAGGCUCCUCAAAGUCAGAGACCUCAAAACCUGGACCUUCAGGAUUACAGGCUAAACUAGCAAGUUUAAGAAAAUCUACGAAGAAGCGCAGCGAAUCACCACCUGCAGAGCUCCCCAGUUUGCGGCGGAGCACACGGCAAAAGACCACGGGCUCCUGUGCUAGUACGAGUCGGCGAGGCUCUGGCCUGGGCAAAAGAGGAGCAGCUGAAGCUCGCCGACAGGAAAAAAUGGCUGAUCCUGAUAACAACCAGGAUGGAGUUAAUUCUUCAGCUGCACGUACAGAUGAGGCUCCACAAGGAGCAGCAGCAUCUAGUUCUGUUGCGGGGGCUGUAGGCAUGACCACUUCUGGAGAAAGUGAGUCAGAUGAUUCUGAGAUGGGAAGGCUACAAGCUCUGUUAGAGGCUAGGGGUCUUCCUCCUCACCUAUUUGGCCCUCUUGGUCCUCGGAUGUCACAGCUUUUCCACAGGACAAUUGGAAGUGGAGCUAGUUCUAAAGCCCAACAGCUUCUUCAGGGGCUCCAAGCCACUGAUGAAAGUCAGCAGCUACAGGCAGUAAUUGAGAUGUGUCAGUUGUUGGUCAUGGGGAAUGAAGAAACAUUAGGUGGAUUUCCAGUCAAAAGUGUUGUACCAGCUUUGAUAACAUUGCUGCAGAUGGAGCACAACUUUGAUAUUAUGAACCAUGCUUGUCGAGCCUUAACCUACAUGAUGGAAGCACUUCCCAGAUCAUCUGCUGUAGUGGUAGAUGCAAUUCCUGUCUUUUUGGAAAAGCUGCAAGUUAUUCAGUGUAUUGAUGUGGCAGAGCAGGCAUUGACUGCCCUGGAGAUGUUAUCACGCAGACAUAGUAAAGCUAUUCUGCAGGCAGGUGGAUUGGCAGACUGUCUGCUGUAUCUGGAGUUCUUCAGCAUAAAUGCCCAGAGGAAUGCACUAGCUAUUGCUGCCAACUGCUGCCAGAGCAUCACACCUGAUGAGUUUCACUUUGUUGCAGAUUCUCUGCCACUGCUUACACAAAGGCUAACCCAUCAGGACAAAAAGUCAGUAGAAAGCACUUGUCUCUGUUUUGCACGGCUGGUGGACAACUUCCAACAUGAGGAGAAUUUGCUUCAGCAGGUUGCCUCUAAGGAUUUGCUCACAAAUAUUCAGCAACUCUUGGUAGUGACUCCUCCCAUCCUGAGCUCAGGAAUGUUCAUCAUGGUGGUGCGCAUGUUUUCCUUAAUGUGCUCCAAUUGUCCUACGCUAGCAGUUCAACUUAUGAAGCAAAAUAUUGCAGAAACACUUCACUUCCUUCUUUGUGGAGCCUCAAAUGGGAGUUGUCAAGAACAAAUUGAUCUUGUUCCACGAAGUCCUCAAGAACUUUAUGAGCUUACUUCUCUUAUAUGUGAACUGAUGCCUUGCCUGCCUAAAGAAGGAAUCUUUGCUGUUGAUACUAUGCUAAAGAAAGGAAAUGCACAAAACACAGAUGGGGCAAUUUGGCAGUGGCGAGAUGACAGGGGUCUGUGGCAUCCCUACAACAGGAUUGAUAGCCGGAUAAUUGAGGCAGCUCAUCAGGUUGGGGAGGAUGAGAUAAGUCUGUCUACCCUGGGACGUGUUUAUACUAUUGACUUCAAUUCUAUGCAGCAAAUCAAUGAAGACACUGGAACAGCACGUGCUAUUCAGAGAAAACCUAACCCCUUAGCCAAUAGUAAUGCCAGUGGACAUUCAGAACUAAAGAAGGAUGAUGCUCGAGCACAGCUAAUGAAAGAGGACCCAGAACUGGCUAAAUCCUUUAUUAAAACAUUGUUUGGUGUUCUUUAUGAAGUGUACAGCUCUUCCGCUGGACCUGCUGUUAGACACAAGUGCCUUAGAGCAAUUCUUAGGAUAAUUUAUUUUGCUGAUGCUGAACUUCUGAAGGAUGUGCUGAAAAAUCAUGCCGUUUCAAGUCAUAUUGCCUCCAUGCUGUCAAGUCAAGACCUUAAGAUAGUAGUUGGAGCCCUUCAGAUGGCAGAGAUCUUAAUGCAAAAAUUACCUGACAUUUUUAGUGUUUACUUCAGAAGAGAAGGGGUGAUGCACCAAGUGAAAAAUCUAGCAGAAUCUGAGGCUUUGCUGACGAGCCCACCAAAAGCAUGCACUAAUGGAUCAGGAACUCUGGGUACCACUACAACAAUAAGCACUGGGACAGCCACCUCUGCCAGUAAUGCAACUGCAGAUUUGGGGUCUCCCAGCUUACAACACAGCCGGGAAGACUCUCUGGAUCUGAGUCCACAGGGCCGACUAAGUGAUGUUUUAAAGAGAAAACGACUGCCAAAACGUGGGCCCAGAAGGCCGAAGUAUUCACCUCCAAGAGAUGACGACAAAGUAGACAAUCAAGCUAAAAGCCCUACAACUACUCAGUCUCCUAAAUCUUCCUUCUUGGCAAGCUUGAAUCCUAAAACUUGGGGGAGAUUAAGCACACAGUCCAAUAGCAACAACAUUGAACCAGCACGCACAGCAGGAGUCAGUGGUCUUGCAAGGGCUGCCUCAAAGGAUACCAUAUCCAACAACAGAGAGAAAAUUAAGGGUUGGAUUAAGGAACAAGCCCAUAAAUUUGUGGAGCGUUAUUUUAACUCUGAGAACAUGGAUGGAAGCAAUCCUGCACUAAAUGUAUUACAGAGACUUUGCACUGCAACUGAACAACUCAACCUCCAGGUGGAUGGUGGAGCUGAGUGCCUUGUAGAAAUCCGUAGCAUAGUCUCUGAGUCUGAUGUCUCCUCGUUCGAAAUCCAGCAUAGUGGGUUUGUUAAACAGCUGUUGCUUUACUUGACAUCUAAAAGUGAAAAAGAUGCUGUAAGCAGGGAUGUCAGAUUAAAAAGGUUCCUUCGUGUGUUUUUUUCUUCUCCACCUCCUGAAGAAGAAUCUCUUGGAAGAUUAGAGCCAGUAGGAAAUGCACCCUUGUUGGCAUUAGUCCAUAAAAUGAACAACUGUCUCAGUCAGAUGGAGCAGUUUCCUGUCAAAGUGCAUGAUUUUCCAAGUGGAAAUGGAACAGGGAGCAGAGGAUCCCAAGCUUUAAAAUUUUUCAACACACAUCAAUUAAAAUGCCAGCUGCAAAGACAUCCAGAUUGUGCUAACGUGAAACAGUGGAAGGGUGGACCUGUGAAGAUAGAUCCCCUGGCUUUGGUGCAAGCCAUUGAAAGAUACCUUGUAGUUAGAGGAUAUGGAAGAGUGAGAGAAGAUGAUGAGGACAGUGAUGAUGAUGGAUCAGAUGAAGAAAUAGAUGAAUCUUUGGCUGCUCAGUUCUUAAAUUCAGGGAAUGUGAGGCACAGACUGCAGUUUUACAUUGGAGAUCACUUGCUGCCAUAUAAUAUGACUGUGUAUCAAGCAGUUAGACAGUUCAGUUUACAAGCUGAAGAGGAGAGGGAAUCCACAGAUGAUGAAAGCAACCCUUUGGGAAGAGCUGGAAUUUGGACUAAGACGCACACUAUAUGGUACAAACCAGUGCGAGAGGAUGAAGAUGGUAAUAAGGACUGUGUUGGUGGUAAAAGAGGAAGGGCACAAACUGCUCCCACAAAAACUUCCCCUAGAAAUUCAAAAAAGCAUGAUGAGUUGUGGCAUGAUGGUGUGUGCCCUUCGGUGUCAAAUCCUUUAGAAGUUUACCUUGUAUUUACACCACCUGAAAAUAUAACAUUUGAAGACCCCUCGUUAGAUGUUAUCCUCCUUUUGAGAGUUUUACAUGCUAUCAGUCGAUAUUGGUAUUACCUGUAUGAAAAUGCAGUUUGCAAGGAGAUUAUUCCCACCACAGAAUUUAUCAACAGUAAACUGACAGCAAAAGCUAACAGGCAGCUUCAGGAUCCUUUGGUAAUCAUGACGGGAAACAUACCAACUUGGCUGACAGAGCUUGGAAAAACAUGCCCAUUUUUCUUUCCAUUUGACACCCGGCAAAUGCUAUUUUAUGUAACUGCUUUUGAUCGAGAUCGAGCAAUGCAGAGAUUACUAGAUACCAAUCCAGAAAUCAAUCAGUCCGAUUCUCAGGACAGCAGAGUGGCGCCGCGACUGGACAGGAAAAAACGCACUGUGAAUAGAGAAGAGCUGUUGAAACAGGCAGAAUCUGUGAUGCAAGAUCUAGGCAGUUCGAGAGCUAUGUUGGAAAUCCAGUAUGAGAAUGAAGUUGGCACAGGUCUAGGACCUACACUGGAGUUUUAUGCACUUGUAUCUCAGGAACUACAGAGAGCAGACUUAGGCCUCUGGAGAGGAGAAGAAGUAACUCUAUCCAAUCCAAAAGGAAGUCAAGAAGGCACAAAGUAUAUUCAUAAUCUCCAAGGCCUAUUUGCUCUUCCUUUUGGUAGAACAGCUAAACCAGCUCACAUUGCAAAGGUUAAAAUGAAGUUCCGUUUUCUGGGAAAACUAAUGGCUAAAGCGAUCAUGGAUUUCAGAUUGGUGGACCUUCCCCUUGGCCUUCCUUUUUACAAAUGGAUGUUACGACAGGAAACUUCCUUAACUUCACACGACUUGUUUAAUAUCGAUCCAGUGGUAGCUAGAUCAGUAUAUCAUCUUGAAGAUAUAGUGAGACAGAAGAAAAGACUUGAACAGGACAAAUCACAGACCAAAGAAAGUUUACAGUAUGCAUUGGAGACCCUCAAUAUGAAUGGCUGCUCAGUGGAAGAUCUAGGACUGGAUUUCACAUUACCUGGGUUUCCCAAUAUAGAGCUGAAAAAAGGGGGAAAAGAUAUACCUGUCACCAUCCACAAUUUAGAAGAGUAUCUCAGACUGGUUAUAUUCUGGGCACUAAAUGAAGGUGUUUCCAGACAAUUUGACUCAUUCAGAGAUGGAUUUGAAUCAGUCUUCCCCCUCAGUCAUCUUCAGUACUUCUAUCCUGAAGAGUUGGAUCAGCUCCUGUGUGGCAGUAAAACAGACACUUGGGAUGCAAAGACAUUAAUGGAAUGCUGCAGGCCAGAUCAUGGUUAUACACAUGACAGUCGAGCUGUGAAGUACCUGUUUGAAAUUCUUAGUAGUCUUGAUAGUGAGCAACAAAGACUAUUUCUCCAAUUUGUGACCGGUAGCCCUAGACUGCCAGUAGGAGGCUUUCGAAGUUUGAAUCCUCCACUGACAAUUGUACGCAAGACAUUUGAGUCUACAGAAAAUCCAGAUGACUUCUUGCCCUCAGUAAUGACUUGUGUGAAUUAUCUCAAAUUGCCGGACUAUUCAAGUAUUGAGAUAAUGCGUGAAAAACUCUUGAUAGCUGCAAGAGAAGGGCAGCAGUCAUUCCAUCUUUCCUGAUCACAAUGAAAAAUGCAAUGUCUGCCUGUUACAGCAAAGAGAAAAUCAUGAUUCUUUUCUAAAUGUAUCACCUGAGUCAAGGAAACGUGUUUCGCCUUCUUGUUGUAGAAAAACGGCUUGCAGAUUAUAAACAAAGACACUUGGUUGAUAUUCAUUAAAGGCCCAAUGGACUUAAAGUGAUCAGGCCCUAAAAAAGUUGUUGUGACAAGGUUUCUUUAGCAAGUUCUUGUUUAAAUUAUCAUUUAUUUGAUGAGUGAAGUUUUUAACUUGCUUUGCUGUGUGAAAUUUAAAAAAGGGAUGUUUUUCCAGGCUGGAACAAUAAAUGUCGCUGUGCAGUUUAAUAUCGGGCUGUGUGUAUCCAUCUAGCUAAGUCUGCAGUUUUUUCCUCCAAAGACAAGUUUUGUACAUAAGUACAGAAAUUAAAAUACACAUGUAUUUGACAAAUCUAGUUUAGUAGACUAGUUCUGUGUCCCUUCACAUGCCUCUGAUUUUUCCCUUCCUCUUGUAUUGUCUGAUGUGCAAUUCACUUGGUUCUUUUUUGUGUGCAACACAACAAUUGUUACAUUUUGGUUCACAUGGGCAUUCAUUGCUCCAUGUUUUCUCUCAAAUUAAGAUAUAAUUUAAAUUUUACUGAAUUAAAAAUAUAUAUUGUCAAUAUAAUUCAGCCUUUGUAAUUAGGUAGAGCUUAGUUUUAACGUAGUAGUAGGAUAUAUUGGCUACAGUCUUUACCAGAUGACACUCUAGAACUGUUUACACAGUGAUUCAGACAACAAAAGCCUCUUACCCAGAGGCUGGGAAGAAUUCCUUUCUUCUGUGUAGUUGAAAAAUCAACAGAUUGGGCUGGCCAUUAUUUAUUAUUAUAAGGCCAGAACAUUUCAAAUUGAUGUAUAGUUUUUUAAAAGACAAAUUAGCAGUUUUAUUCCCUGUUCAAGUAAACAAAAAUUUCUUAUUCUUGGCUUAAGUUCAUGUUUACUUUUCUAGCCUCCCUCUUUGCCCCCCCAGUGCUAGCUUGGAACAAACAGUUCAGCCUUUGUCUUUUGACACAGAUAAAGCACCUGUAAGCAAUGCUCUGUCCAACUGUUUUAUGUGCUGAUUUCUCAAAUCUGCAAUAAUUUACUUCAUCAGGUUAAUGUUUUUACCUGAAUAUAAAUAAAAAAGUUUGCUUCACCUUUUUGUUCAUAGUUUUGUACUGUAUGCAUAAGUUCAAUUGUGUAAAUUAUUUCAACACAAGUAAAUCAUCUUAAAUCUCCUUGGCUAACAGCCCACAUGUUGUGGAUGAUUUACUAUUAAAAGAAGAGUUUGUAAGAUCUGCUAUUUAACUUAGAUAAUGGUGGAUAAAGAGGAAGGAAAAAAUUUCCUUUCUAUGGGGUUCAAAAACAAAUGGACUAUUCUAAACAUUCUUGAGAUGCACAUGCUAUAGUUCAUCUCUAUGAAAAUCUGAUAAAUAGCUAAUUACUUUAUUCAACUUUGAGAAAUCAAAAUUAAUUUUUCAGUGCAUAGCAAUUGUUGAAAAUUCUGGUUAAUCAGUUAAAAUUUCCCCUAAACGAAUAAUUUUUUUUAUAUAGCUGAAGAACUUGUACUUUGAAAAAAUGUAUUUCAAUACAUGUAACUGACAUUCUUUACCGUUAACAUUCACAGAAUUACAUGUGGUUGCUCAUACCAGGUGCCACAGAACUGUAAUGCGAACUUGUCAUGAGCAGUCGAAUGUGAAAUCAUUGCACAAAGAAUCUGAUAACUGAGCAGUUUAACUAUCAUAUUAAAACUGAAUGAAGGCGCUUCACACUGUACAUAUAAUAUUGGUAGUGCAGAAUGUGGCAAAGAUUUCAUAAAAGUUAAAGGCAGUGUUUAAAUGGACUGGUGUUUAAAAUUGUUCUGAAAACUUGAUCAAACUGAGCACAAAGAUGCGUGUUUAUAGUGUGUGGAUAGCAACUUGUUCAUUUUUUAAGGUUCUAUAUUUUAAAAAAAAACUGACUUGUGUAAAAAUCUAAUAUUUUGUAUUAAAAUAUCAUCUGUAUUGAUA